CGCCGCGAUGGAGGCGCUGCGGCGGCCCGCGCUGCCCGAGGACGCGGUGCGCUACCGCCUGUUCGCGGCGGCGGCCGCGGGCCCGGGCGGCGAGGCGCUGCUGCGGCGCUGCGCUGAGGUGCUCCUGGUGCGCUUCGCUCCGCUCCUGGCCGCCUACGUGUGGCAGCGGCAGCCGUUCCGCCUGCGCUACGUGCCGCGCCGGGGCGAGACGCCGGCGCACAUCGGCGGCACCACGCUGUUCGGGGAUAACGUGGAGGACGAGUGGUUCAUUGUGUACCUGGUCCGGGAGAUCACCAGGGAGUUCCCGGGGCUGGCAGCCAGGAUUGAUGACAAUGAUGGAGAGUUUCUCUUGAUAGAAGCAGCUGAUUUUCUCCCAAAGUGGCUGAAUCCUGAGAAUAGUGAAAACAGGGUGUUCUUUUAUAAAGGAGAGCUGCACAUCAUCCCGCUGUCGGAGACUCCGGAGCAGGACUGUGACCUCUCUGCUCCCUGCCCCACAAUCCCACAGGCACUGGCACUGUUGUCCAGCCGCUCCGAGGAGUUCCUGGCUGCAGAGCCCAUCAGGGCUGCAGUGAAUAAACGCAUCGAUGGGUAUCCCGAGAAGAUCCAGGCCUCGCUGCACCGAGCCCGCUGCUUCCUCCCGGCCGGCAUCGUGGCCGUGCUGAGGCAGCGCCCGUCCCUGGUGGCUGCGGCAGUCCAGGCCUUCUACCUGCGGGAUCCGGGCGAUCUGCGGGCGUGUCGGCGCCCCUUCAGAACCUUCCCUGCAGAGCAGCGUGUGAUGGCCCUGGUGACUUUCACUCGGUGUUUAUAUGCACAGCUGGUGCAGCAGAAGUUUGUUCCAGACAGACGCAGUGGAUACACCCUGCCUGCCCCAUCUCAUCCUCAGUACAGAGCCUAUGAACUGGGCAUGAAACUGGCUCAUGGCUUUGAAAUUCUGUGCUCCAAGAGCAGUAAAGUAGCUCCUGAUACCAAGAGAAAUGUGUUAAGUGGUCCUCUGUGGGAGAGAUUCCUCAGGAGCUUGAAGGAGAAAGAUUAUUUCAAGGGAGAAAUGGAAGGAUCUGCAAAGUACCUGGAACUGUUGCAUAUGGCAGAAGAUCACUUCCAGCAAUCUGUUGCCCCAGAAAGCUCUGUUGAAGUGAGCCCAGGUGAUGAAAUCUUGACACUGCUACAGACAACAUCCAUUGAUUUGAAGGAAUUUGAGAGAGAAGCAGCUUCUCUUCCUCCAGAGGAUGAUGACAGCUGGCUGGAUAUUACACCAGAUGCUCUGGAUCAGAUGCUGAAGGAGGCAAGAAAUGAGUCCCUUCCUUCCACAAAUGAGGAAGAGCAAAAAUACGACUUGGAAACAGUUGCUGAGAGCAUGAAGGCUUUUGUGUCCAAAGUCUCCUCACACGAAGGAGCAGAAAUGCCAUGGUCAUCUGAUGAAUCCCAUGUUACCUUUGAUGUGGAUUCUUUUACAAAAGCACUGGACAGAAUUUUAGGGGCUGACUCAGAGGAGCUGGAUUCUGAUGAUCUGGAUGAAGAGGAGGAGUUUGAUUUCUCAGAUGGGGAUGAUGAAGACUUGGAUGCUGGAAAUCAAAGGCAGGACCAGAAGAUGUCUCCUGAGGAGCUUGUAGGCAGUCUCAAGUCGUACAUGAAUGAGAUGGACCGUGAACUGGCACAGACCAACGUUGGUAAAAGUUUCACCACCAAGAAGAGAGGGGCAAGGUCUGUUGAAGCAGCCACAUCUGAGAGUGCUGGCCCUGAUUCUGGAACUGAGGAUGCUGAGCUUGCACCGGUGGAUGUGGACAUGAACCUGGUAGCAAACCUGCUUGAGUCCUACAGUGCCCAGGCUGGCCUGGCAGGACCCACCUCGAACAUUUUACAGAGCAUGGGGGUGUAUUUACCUGAAAACACAGAUCACACUGGCUCGAGCAGUUGAGCAACGCAGUGAGACUUUUGACAAGACAUGGGGAUGGGGAAAUGAAGUACAGACAGAUGAGCAGGAUGUGGAAGAAGAGGCCAAAGGUUUUAAUUUCGAGCAUUCUGUUCAUUAUGUGUAACUUCAGAAAUGCAAAGUGCAUUUACCUGCAAAAGCCUUUUGUUCGGACUCUGUCUUGAAUGGAAAUGAGAUUUUCCCAGUGCUAACACAUUUUCAGAAAACUGAAAAAUGAUGUCAUGACUCAAAUGAAACUUUUAUUGCAAAACCUC